AAGGCGUUUCCACACUACAUAGCGCACUAUUUGAGCUCUUGAUGCGCGUUUGGCACCGAGCCGGAGAGGAACGCGCACGCAGCCGGUCAGCGUUCUCUUUAAAAACUCCGUGACUUUCUCCCAGCACUACUCCCGAGUGCUCAGAGUUGGGGGGCUGACAGUAAGAGCUAUGUUUCUAUGAAGGACCCAGGGAUUUUUCAGUCUGUACUAACUCAUCUAGAUUUCAGAGCAGAACCUGAGGAGGUGCAGAAUAAAGGCGUGUUGUUUGAGAUGAGUGUUGCGCGCCAGUAAAAUCACGCCGGAUUUAGGCUGGGUGCGUGGAGGGUCAUCACCGACGUGGAAUCGCUUUGCAAAAGUUCUUUUGCAAAACAACAACAACAACAACAACAACAAAACAUGCUGCAAAAUGGAAAAACCAAAGAAGAGCAGCCCGAGACGAAAUCCGAAACGGAAAGCGAGAGUAAGAGUGAAAGCGCAGAGACCAAACCGGAGAAGGAGCGCGAGUCCACACAGUUCCCCAUGCCCAAUCCUAACCCUGCUGCUGGAUACCCGAAACUGGAGAUCAAACGCAACGCCGUGACGGACGACUACAAGAUCUCCACUCAGGUCCUCGGUUUGGGGAUCAACGGCAAAGUGCUGGAGUGUUUUAACAAGAAAACCGGGCAGAAGUGCGCCCUGAAGAUUCUCUACGACAGCCCGAAAGCGCGCCGCGAGGUGGAGUUGCACUGGCGCGUCUCCAGCGGGCAGCACAUAGUGCGUAUCCUGAGCCUCUAUGAAAACAUGCACCACGGGAAAAAGUGCCUGCUCAUUAUCAUGGAAUGUAUGGAAGGUGGAGAGCUCUUCAGUAGGAUUCAGGCCAGAGGAGACCAGGCCUUUACUGAGAGAGAGGGCUCUGAGAUCAUGCGAGACAUCGGCACUGCCAUUGAGUACCUGCACAACAUGAACAUCGCACACAGAGACAUCAAGCCCGAGAACCUGCUCUACAACAGCAAAGACUCCAACUGCGUCCUCAAACUCACAGACUUCGGCUUUGCGAAGGAAACCACACUGCACAACCCACUGCAGACGCCGUGCUACACUCCGUACUACGUCGCUCCCGAGGUUCUCGGUCCUGAGAAAUACGACAAAUCAUGUGACAUGUGGUCUCUGGGUGUGAUCAUGUACAUCCUGUUGUGUGGCUUUCCACCGUUCUACUCCAACACAGGUCAGGCAAUUUCACCAGGCAUGAAGCGGCGCAUCCGCUUGGGCCAGUACGAGUUUCCCAACCCCGAGUGGGCCGAAGUGUCAGAGGAGGCCAAACAGUUGAUUAACCAGCUGCUGAAGACUGACCCUAACGAGAGGAUGACCAUCACACAGUUCAUGAACCAUCCCUGGAUCAAUCGGUCCAUGGUGGUUCCUCCAACGCCGCUGCACACCACGCGCGUCCUCACUGAGGAUAGAGAACUGUGGGACGAAGUGAAGGAGGAGAUGACGAGUGCUCUUGCCACCAUGCGCGUGGACUAUGACCAGGUGAAGAUUAAAGACCUAGAUACCUCCAGCAACCCACUGCUCAACAAGAGAAGGAAGAAAGCGGCAGCGGCAGGAGGAAAGGGCGGAGCCACUGUCUGUAACAGCCAAUGAGGCGCAAGGGAGAGACUGAAAGAAGAGGACAAAUGGACAGAUUUAUGGAUGAGUGGCACAGAGCGUGGGGAGGUGGAGGAGGAAGUGAAUGUGAGGACAGAAUGAGGACACUCCUUCACUGUAACCAGCACAUCUCACACCUGCCCACACACACACACACACGCAUGUAGAUGCUUCUAUAUGUGUUGUUUAUAUAUUUUUUCAAACAUUCAGUUGCAUAUGUGUAUUUUAUAAGUGUGUGUGUGUGUGUGUGUGUGUGUGUGUGUGUGUGUGUGUGUGUGUGUUCGCUGCAUUCAUAAUGCCUUGAGUUUAUUAAUACAGAAGCUUUCCCGAGACACUACACACCAACGGUACACUGCCAGUGUAAAGCAGUCAAGUUUAUCCUUCCUCCUCACUGCCUCCUCUUCCUCGUCUACUCGGGCAAGAAGAAGAUAGACUCUAUGAGAACACACAUUUCAGUGGACACGCUCACUACUAGGACUGAUUGUGUGUGUGUUUUGUACUUCACUUGAUGGGGUGCAUCAUGAUUCAUCAUCAUUUCUUCAUGUCUUUCUCUUUUAGCUCCUUUUUUGAUCGGAAGAAAGUUUUCAUUGUUUCAUGUGUUAACCUGACACUUGACACUUGCAGCAGCAUUUUGGCCAAAAAAGGUUUUUUUGUGAUGUUUGACAUUUCCCAUAGAGUCUUUUAUUAUGAAUUUGCUAAGUAAAAUUUGCCAGAGAGCAAUCACUGUAUUUAAGGUGACGUUGUUUUAAUAAAAAAUGUUUAAAAAAAUUAAAAA